AGCCGUCCAAGCGAGCACGCACAGCAUACACCAGCGCACAGUUGGUAGAACUGGAGAAAGAGUUUCACUUCAACAGGUACUUGUGUCGCCCAAGAAGGAUUGAAAUGGCUGCGUUACUUAACCUUACAGAAAGGCAAAUCAAGAUAUGGUUUCAAAAUCGACGAAUGAAAUUCAAGAAAGAACAGAGGGGAAAGGGAUCCAUUGACAAGCAUAGCACCAAGUCGGAGGGAAGUUUCUCUGGAAGUGACACAGAGAAUUCCUCGUGCCAUGGAAUGUCUGGUUUAGGGGCAGAUAGGAGUCCGGGUAUCGUGGACUGUGUGGUUGCCAAAGCAGUGGCUGGAAAUGUUGGGGGAAAUAGCGUUGGUGGGACAACAGGGGACAACAACGGAGAUAUGAAUGGCUUGCGUUUGUCACCAACAUCCGGUCCUGGUGAGACAAACCACUUUCUGCAGGCGCGUCCAGUGAGAGGUCACUCCCCGAACACUUCCAUGAAUGACUUGGAGUCCGCUUGUAGCAUGCAAGCCCAGACUCAGCUACGAUCACAGAGUGGCAUGCAACAUCCUCAUCAUGAACCAUCUGUUCUAACGCACCAACAGCAACAACAACAACAGCAGCAGAACAUCAAAUCCGAGAGUCCUAACUCAGGUAUCAUGUCACCUGGACAACCAAACGCUGUGAAGCUGAAAACCCAACAACAACAACAGCAGCAGCAGCAGUCUCGACAACCACAACAUCAACCACCACCUUCCCACGGCCACGACAACCAUUCUCCAGUACCACCAACUUUGAACCCCUAUUCCCAUGGCAAUGUACACCAGCAGCGGCACCAUCAGCAACAACACAUCCCAAACCACAACUCCGGCUACGGACCUCUCCCUUCGAGACAUUACCCUGGUGGCAACAACAUGCUAGUGACUGGGAGUAUGUAUUCAGACAUUAACCCUCUAGACAAUCACACGAAUGUACAUAGUUCUAUGAACUCUCACCCAGGUCUCAGUUCUCCCAUGAACUGCUCUGGAUCCACACUAGGGUACGCACAAGGCACCUAUGACUACAUCCCAAAACUGACUCAUUUGUAG